UUAAAAUUAGUCUUUUAUCCGAAAGCCAAUAACCAAAUAGAGUAGUUGCAUCAUGCAAUUGGCACACCAUUGCCUCACACUCAGUUAUUAAUAGUCAACCACAAAAUUAAGCUUGUAGAAUUCUAAGGCUAACCUCUCGCAUAUGUAUGAUUCAUGGUGGCUGUGAGAGUGGUUUAGCAUAAUGACGAGAUGGACAUUCUUCUCCGUCAUCCUCUUGGCUGCAUUUGUUGCAAGCACUUUCUUCCUCGAAAUUGAUCUUUUCAGAAUAACAACCACUACUAUUCUCAAGACAAAUAUAGUAUUCAAUAGGCAACAACCCCAGUUCCCACUUAAUUGCACCAACGAGAAGUUAGCAACAACAUGCCCAUCAUACUACCCAACAAAAUUUCAAUUUUAUGAUAAUUCAUCUACUACAUCAUGCCCAGAAUACUUCAGAUGGAUCCAUGAAGAUUUAAAACCAUGGGAGAGUUCAGGAAUCACAAGGGACAUGAUUGAAAGAGGCAAAAAUAUUUCGCAUUUCAGGCUUGUAAUUGUAAACGGAAAAGCUUAUAUAGAAAAGUUUGCCAAAUCAUAUCAAACAAGGGAUGUGUUCACAAUAUGGGGAAUUUUGCAACUUCUAAGGUUGUACCCUGGAAAGGUACCAGAUUUAGAGCUAAUGUUUCACUGCGGGGACAAAACUGUUGUAUUCAAAAAAGAUUUCCAAGGACCACAAAUGUCACCUCCGCCCGUGUUCCAUUAUUGUGGAGAAGAAAAUUCAUAUGACAUUGUUUUCCCUGAUUGGACCUUCUGGGGUUGGGCUGAGCUUAGCAUAAGACCAUGGGAAACAACAUUACAUAAUAUACAAGAAGGCAACAAGAUGGUCAAAUGGAAGGAUAGGAUUCCCUAUGCUUUUUGGAAGGGCAACCCAAAAGUGUCUAUUAUUAGGAGAGAACUUGGCAAGUGCAAUGUCACAGAAAAACAAGAUUGGAAUGCAAGAAUAUAUGACAUACAAUGGCUACAGGAGAGAGCAAGUAAUUUUGAGAAUUCAAAACUUGAAAAUCAAUGUACCUUUAGAUAUAAGAUCUAUGCAGAAGGGGCCACGUGGUCUGUGAGUGAAAAGUACAUCAUAGCAUGUGACUCAAUGACUAUGUUUAUAGAACCUAAGUAUUAUGACUUCUUUACAAGAAAUAUGUUACCUUUGCGACACUACUGGCCUAUCAGCACAAAAAAUAUGUGUGAAGAGAUUAAGUAUGCAGUGGAUUGGGGAAAUGCUCACCUUGACCAUGCACAAGCAAUUGGAGAUGGAGGAACUAACUACAUCUUAGAGAAUUUAAAGAUGAAAUUUGUAUAUGAUUACAUGUUUCAUUUAUUAAAUAACUAUUCAAAACUCUUGAAAUUCAAACCAACCAUACCUAUAGGAGCUGUUGAGAUUUGUUCUGAAAGUAUGGCUUGUUCCUUGCAUGGUCAAAGGAAACAUUUUAUGGUUGAAUCCAUGGUGAUCUCACCAAGUGAUACACCUCCAUGUAUAUUGCCUCCUCCUUAUACACCUGAAACUCUAAAAGAGUUUCUACAAGAAAAAGAAAAUCUAAUCAAACAAGUGAAGACAAGGGUGAUCAAUACAAAGCAAUAAAGGCUAGUGUUGACGGUGUUGUAGUAUGUAUGUAUGUAGAUGUAAUUCUUACACACACACAACACUCUUGAUGAAUGUCACAUUGUCAAUUAGUCAUAGUGUAACAAAUUCAAUCUAUCAAAAUGUGAUUGAAUAUUCAUGAUUAGAAGAAAGUUUUUUGUUAAUUUA